AUGUGGGUCCCCUGUCUGCUGAGGGCAGUCAUAGCCUCCAUGUGGCUUGGUGCAACUACUCCUCUUCUAUGCAGUAUCCCUACUGCCUGUGCCAGCCAUGUCCUGCCCUCCAGCCUCUCCCAAGGAGGGACAAGAGCCUUUUCAGUGACUCUACCUGAGGACCAAAGUGUGCUUUUGAAGGGACCCCAGGGGGUGAGUGGCCAACAGAAGGGAAAAAGUGACCAGCAACAAGUGAAGCAAAGUCCUCAAUCUCUGACUGUCCAGGAAGGAGGGAUUUUAGAGCUGAAUUGUUUGUAUGAGAACAGUUUAUUUGACUACUUCGGAUGGUAUCGGCAAUUCCCUGGUAAAGGCCCAGCAUUAUUGGUAGCCAUCAGUUCAAUUAGAAUAAAAGAAGAAUUUGGAAGAUUCACAGUUUUCUUCAACAAAAGUGCUAAACAUAUCUCCUUGCACAUCACGGACUCUCAACCUGGAGAUUCAGCCACCUACUUCUGUGCAGCAAGAGCACAGUGCUCUCCAGGCACCUGCAGCCUAAACUCAAACCUGAAGCUGAGGCCCCAGCCAAGCCCUGCUGCAGGGCUUAGACUGACAGAAACACAGACUGGCUUUCACUUGCACAGAUAGAUGAUGAAGUAAAUGUAUGGAUUCACUAGUGCAGGUGCAUGAAAGGGUAGUUGUUAAAGUAAAUUUUAAAAAACUCAGUUUAAUGAGUAACCAACCUGCAGAAAUUUUUUCAUAAUAAAGUAUAAUAUGUCAUCACUAUUUAAUCAGUUCUAGGUCAAAUGGCUCUUUAUACAUUGCUGGUAGAAUGCAACUGGUCUGACAAUAUUAGAAAUCUUUUGGAAGUUUUUUAUAAAAUGAUUUAUCAUAUGGACAGAAAUUCCAUUCCAAUAUAUUCAUCAACAAGAAAUGAUAAUAAUUAUAACAGAAGGACUUUUGUUUAAGGUAGUCUUAUCCAUAAUAAUCCACAUUCCCAAAUUGGAAACAACAAAAUGUUCACUAAAUGGUGAAUAGAGUUAUGAAUUAUGGUUUAUUCCUAUAAAUAAAUUCUAUGAAUUUGUAUGAAAUACUACACAGCAAUAAAAUGGGCUAAGCUAAUGAUACAGGUAACACAUAAUAGAUCUAAAAAUGUGUAUGCUUCCUUGAAUGAGAAUCAUGGGCAUCAUAGUGAAAAAAGUAAUCUCAAAGAGUAAUUAAAAAUAAACACAGAAUGCAUGUUUGACUUAUGUAAAAUUUUUAAAUGGAAAAAAAAUAUAUAUAGGGAUGUAGAUAAGGGCAGGGAGCCACAGUUUGCCUGUGAGAAGGGUGUGCAUGAGCAGUGUUUUUAGGCUGAUGGAGCCAUUCUUGGUUGUCCUGAUUGUAGUGGUGUUUACAAAGCCCUAUGCAUGAGACAAAAUUUCACAGAAUUGUACAUGCACACACACACACACACACACACACACACAGAGAGAGAGAGAAAUAGAAAUUGAUUAGUCAGAACAAGUUCUGCAUUUUAAUGAAUAAUAUUGUAUCAAUAUCAAUUUUCUUGUUUUGAUAAUGGUACAUAAGGAAAAUGGUGUGUAGCUAUAAUUAAAUAAUGUGUCAUUAUUGAAGAAAGACGAAUGUACAAGACCAGUCUGCAUUGUUUUUGUACCUUAUGUGUGAAUCUAAAAGUAUUUAAAAAUCCAAGGUAAGCAUGUGAAACAAUUAGAUUCUUGUAUAUUUCUCUUAGGAAUGUAAACUGGGCAAUCAUUUCAGCAGAUUCUUAUAAAAACAAAAAUAGGAAAGAUAGAUCUAUCAUAACCCAAGGGUACCACUUCUAGUCAUUUUCUCAAAGGAAUGAAAACUUGUGUUCAGGAAAUACUGGUUUAAGAAUGUUCAUAGCAGCAUUCUUCAUAAGAGCAAUCAAUAGAGAAACUGCCCACAAAGAAGAGAUUAAAUCAACUGUGCUGUACCCAUACAAUGAAAUAUUAAUCAGGUAUAAAAUUGACUGAAUAAUUAAUUAUAUAAUUAUACACAAAUAAAUAUUGAUCACAUUAUGCCUAGCAAAAUUUCCAGUCAUAAAAUUGUGCAAACUAUUUGAUUCCAUUUAUGUCAAUUUCUAGAAUAGGCAAACCUAACCAUGGAGAAACCAAGGAGAAAAGCAGUCAUAAUUAUGGAGCAGGAGUUGUUUGGACAUAAAGGAUCUUAAUUCAGAGAGGAAGAAAAUGUUCUAUUUCUUGAAAGGAGUGUGGUUUUCAAAGCUGUUUGUAGUUUUCAAGUCUCCUGUAAUUUGAUACUUUCCUGCCAUUUAUUUUAUAUUACAAUUUAUACUUCAGUAAAAAAUAAAGUGUACAGAUAUUAAUCAAAUAGGGAACAAAAGCAAAGUUACAGAAGGGGAAAUCCAAGGCUCAUUAUUUUUGAAGAAAUAAAAAAUAAAAAAAAUAUUUGGUAAUGUUGAUAAUGGAAAACAGAAAAUAGGGGCUGAAUGAUGGUCCCUAAACUGCCCAUGUCAUAAUCCCCAAAGUUUGUGAAUUUGUAGCCUUACAUGGUGUAUUAGAUUCCUAGGGCUGUCAUAACAAAGUGCCACAGAUUGGGGGAGUCAAAACAAUAGAAAUUCAUUGUCUUACAAUGCUGGAGGCAAGACAUGUGAAAUAAAGUCUAUGCCCCUUGAAGACUUUAGGGAAGGUCUGUCCCAACAUCUCUGCUAGCUUUGGUAGUCUCAGGCUUGUAGAUGCUCAUGUUCUUCCUGGGUAUUUUCAUUCCUCUUGUGUGCGUGUCCCUGUCUCUUCACAUGAUAUUACAUUUUUUAUAAAGGCACUAGUCAUAUUAGACUGAGGAUCCAGUUUACUUCAGUAUGACCUCAUUGAAACUAAUUAUAUCUGCAAAAAUCUUAUUUUCAAAUUAAAUGACAUUCAUUAGUAAUCAAAAUUAGGACUUCAACAUAUGGAUUUGGAGGGAAACAAUUCAACAGAAUACCAUAUGGCAAAAGGGAAUUUGCAGAAGUGAUUAAUUCAAAGAUCUUGAGAUGAAUAAAUUAUCCUGGAUUACCCAGUGACCCAGACUAAUCACAAGGAGCCUUAUAAGAGAGAGACAGAUAGUAGAGUCAGAACAGCAACAACAAAAGCCCUGCAAUGAAUGUGGAAAUGAAGACAGCCUCUAAAAUUGGAAUUCAAAUGUUGGAUUAUUCCUUGAUUUUAGCUUAAAGAGACUGACUUAGGAUUUGUACCCUUUAGAACGCUAAGAGAAUAAAUUUGUGUUGUCUUUUGCCACCAAGUUGAUGGCAUAGCCUCAUUGGAAAACUGGAAAACUAAUA